UUUUUUGACCAUAAAUAUAAUGCAAGUUAGAGUGUCCUAUCCUGAAAAUAGAGAUGGCUUAUUAGGACCUCUUACUCGUGGGAGUAAUAUUUCUGAAAUGUGCUCACCAGACCGAUUUCCAAUACAUGGUUUGAAGGUUGGCUCGUUUCCACCUCUUUUCGACGCUGUGGUUGUAGAGGACUUUGAGAAAAACAUUUCAGUAGGACUAUUCUUUACUAUGGCAGCAACAAAUUUUUCCGAAGUUGUUGGUUUAGGGCCUCUGUUUUGUGAGUUUGAUACUAAAGAAGUGACAAAAAUUAAGGAGCCUGUCAGGGAGCGUUACAAUUUGGCAUUGAUUCUGCUAUGCCCUGUCCCCAAGUUGGCGAGAAAAAGCUUUGAAAGAAAAUUUUCAGUCAAAUUACGUUUCACUGAUGAAACCGGAAAUAAUGUUAGUCCAUUCCUUUAUGCCUGUUCGUCAGUUCAAGCGAAUUACUUCGUUCCGGGAAACCAACUUUCUAAAAGGAAAGUUGGCGCUUGUUUACUCUUACAGGACAAAAAUCAAUUCAUCGAUGAAUGGAUUGCUUAUCACAGGCUUCUGGGAAUCGAACGAAUUUAUGUCUAUUUGAAUGAAGUUGACGAUGACUCUCUCAUCCGCUUUCGAAACUACUUCGAGCAAGACGUCGUACUACCCAUCAAAUGGCCUUUUCUGUCUCCAAAUCGACUUCCUUUUUCAAGAAUGCAAAGUGUACAGAUCAAUGAUUGCUUGUGGCGAUUUCGACACUUACAUGAUUGGCUCGUGUUUAUGGACGUUGAUGAAUUCUUGCAGCCAAUGGGAAAUAUUUCUUUAAAGAACUUUGUAAAUUAUUUAACAUCCAUGGAAUCAAAAGAAGAUAUCGGUGGUUUAUGUGUGCAUAAUGUAUUUUUUGGAAUGGCUUCUUCUCAAAAGUAUAAUCCUGAAUCCUUGGUUAUCGAACAAGCAACUUAUAGACAGGAGAAUGCUACGACUACUCGUCCGAAGACCAUAACACGGCCUACUAAAGUAUACUAUAUGUGGGUUCACGUUCCUUCCGUUGGCAGAAAGUGUAUAUAUACCGAUCCUGAAAAGGAAGUUCGGUUGGUACACUAUAAGAAUGUGGAUACGAAGCCUCCCAAGUGGUAUCCAAAAAUGAAAGUAUUCGAUGACAGUAUGCAACGUACGGCGUCCAAAGUCAAAGAACAGUUGAGAAAGCAGCCAUCAGUUCAGGAUUCUGCACGCUAUUAAAACGCUAUUGAAGCAUUUCAAACAGGCGAAUGAGAAUGACAUGCUUUCGGGAUUAUGUUGGAAACCACCCUCAAAGUUUCUAGGCUGGUCAGCCCUACAUUAGUUUGAUA